CCAGUCCGACUUUUGUUUUGGAAAGCCGCAAACCAGCGGCCGCCAUUAUUCUUCCUGGCUUGACGUCCGAGUUAAGACGGUUUAAUACUUUUAAACAUAAUAUUUUACGGUAAACCAGUACAUGUACUGCCUCUUUAGGGCAGUUGGUUAACCAUCUCUUUGAAUUAGCCACGUAUCCUGCGCACAAUAUGGAGAGACGGUCCAAUAAAGCAGGUGCUGGAAAUGGUCUUCCCCUGGCCUCUCUGCGCCUCAUGGCUUCUCCUCUACAGCUGACUUAUUCAUACAUAUGGCAGGUCAUACGUCAGAGAAGUGUGAAGCAUUACGUUAAAGUGGAGGAGUUUGUGACCAUGGUAACACAGACUGUUCCUGAGCUCCUAAGUUUUAAGCAGACUGCCCAGCUAAUACUGGGGCUCAGAGCCAGGAUCAUCUUGGACUUACUGAACAAAGAUGGCCCACCUGAUUCCAAGGCUAUCCAGACUCUUAUAAAUAAGUUGAAGAUCUCAACAUCUUCAAUGAAAGAUGCAGAAGUGGAGAAAUCACAGACCAACUUUAUGGUGCUGGUCCAGAAUCUGCUUAAAAACCGCACUGAGAGGAAACGUUUCUUCCAGGAAGUAUUCCCUGUUCAGUAUGGCACUAAGUUUGACACAGCGCUGCAGGCUCUCACUGCAGGCUUGGUGUGUAAGCUGGAGCAACUUCUUCCUGUUCCCAAUCUUUCUCAGCUUGGAGCUAUGAUUUCUUCAGAGCCCACUGUCCUGGAAGCAUGCAGCGGGUUCAUUCCCGACCCGGGAGACCUGAAGACUCUCCUUCUACACCAACAGGCCAAAGGACUAAUUGGUGUUAAAGCAACUGUAUCUACGUCAGUGGGCAACUGUGUGCUCUCUUCCCUCGCCUUCCUGCCAAAACCAGUGGAACCAACACCGCCUCCACCUCAACCACAAUCACCAAAGCGACAGGAGGCCAGCCUUAAUGAAAGAAGCCCUGAAUCCUUCAGUGACAGCGAAGAUGUGGGUGUGAUUUCAGAUGACUCUGAAAGCCCAGAAGCCUCUGCUGUUACACCUCACCUAGAAGGGUCAUUAGGUCAUAAAACAGCUGAAGGUAGUACCUCAAAGGAAAAAGGUGUCACAGCAACAGCUCAGAGCGAAAACCUGGUGCAGGAGAAAAGUUCUACCCAGCAACAACCUGAAACAAGUCCUCAAAGCAAAGGGAAUGAUGAAGCACCUGCAGCGCCAGACAAACCAGAACUGCAGCGGCUGCCCUUGAAAUCGAUUCCUUUCAGGGUUGUUCAAGUGCCAGUCAAAACUCCCUCCACCCCACAGAAUGUGGGCAGUGCAGGAGGAAAGGAUGGCCAAAAGACUCAGCGAGUCACUUUACAUCAGUGGGUGUCACAGAUUGCCACCAACUCCAUGUCCCUCCCAGCCUUGCCACCUCUUCCUCCUGGCAGACUAGGUGAAGAUGACAUGAGGCCAAGUAUAAGAAGGAAAAAGCAGUUCAGGCAUUUAAGUGACAGAUUUAGUUGCAGCGUGUGUGACAAGAGCUUCCCCUAUCAGUCCAAGCUGAUGGACCAUGAGCGCAUUCAUACAGGCGAGAAGCCAUUCCUCUGCACGGCAUGCAACAAAAGUUUCCGAACGCAGGGGUUCCUCAACAACCACCUGAAAACCCACAGCACAGAGCGUCCUUUUGCCUGCGGUCAGUGUGGCAAGUGUUUCACCAAACUGCAGAGCUUGACAAAGCACAUACUUGCCCACAGCGGUCAAAAGCCUUUCUACUGUAACAUCUGUAACAAGGGCUUCACGCAGUCCACCUACUUUAAAAGGCACAUGGAGUGUCACACAAGCCAGAUGACGUUUCCCUGCAAGCACUGCAACAAAACCUUUCCUACCGCGUUUAAGCUGUCGAACCACGAGCGCUGGCACACCAGAGAUCGCCCCCAUAUGUGCGAACGUUGCGGUAAAAGAUUCCUUGUCCCUAGCUUGUUGAAGAGGCACAUGGGUUAUCACAUUGGUGACCGCCAGUAUCUCUGCUCCCAGUGUGGGAAGACCUUUGUUUACUUGUCUGACCUUAAGAGGCAUCAGCAAGACCACAUACCCAAAGCAAAAAUCCCAUGUCCUGUAUGCCAAAAGAAGUUCUCCAGUAAGUACUGCCUCAGGGUUCAUCUGAGGAUCCACACCAGAGAGAGACCCUACCGGUGCACUCUAUGUGAAAAGACCUUCACACAGGUUGGGAAUCUGAAGGUCCACAUCAGGUUACACACCAACGAGCGGCCCUUCAGCUGUGAUGUGUGCGGGAAGACCUACAAGCUGGCGUCCCAUCUGAAUGUCCACAAAAGAACACACACAUGCAAGAAGCCCUGGACAUGUGACACCUGUGGGAAGGGCUUCUCUGUCCCUGGCCUUCUUAAGAAGCAUGAGCAGUUGCAUAUAAGGGAUGCAAACCCCGAUUUUACUGGGAAACGAAGGCACAGGGGUAAACACAAGAAACACUCCCUAAAGAGGAAGUAUGAUGAUGAAGAAGAGGGCAGUGAUGACUAUUAAUCAGACUAACAUUUUGUGCUCAACGGAGCUCCUCAGAUCGUAGUUUUCAAGGUUUAUACUAAUCAUUGGUAGAAUUAAAAUGGGUCAUUGUAGAAGGCUAUUGCAAAAGACACCCUGUGAAUUAUAAAAACAAUUAUGUACUUUUCAGUUUAAUGUGCUGCCCUACGGUUGAUAUCGGGCAAUCAUGUUGUUUAGCCAGCAACAACACAGGGUGAUGAUGAAAGUAUUGAAUCUUAAGACUUAAGUUACAGUGUAAAAAGAAAUGAUGGUGUCACCAGGUUGUCGUCUAUGCUUGCUAAGUGGCGCUCAUUGUUUUAGAUUUUCUUUUAUUUGUGUACAUAUACAACGUGAAAGGGAACUUGGGUAAUAAAAUUAUCCAAAAUGUAACAUUUGGAGGAAAAUACAAUCUCAAUAGAGAAUUAUUUUCUGUUGUGUUUUUGGAGUUAAUUCUUAGAAGUUAUUUCUUCACAAAGGAAAUUGUUAAUCUUGAAAUGUGGAUAAAUGCUUUCCAAGAGGUUUGGUUAUCCGGUGGCUACAUUGAUACGGCUAAAUGUUAAAACAUUUCAAAGAAUGUGACUGUAGAUAUUAUGUAACGAUAUGCUGUAGUGUCUCUAGGAAACAUUUUAUCCUAUUACUGUGUCCUUGUAGAAAUUGUAGUUAUUCGCAGAUACCUUAAUCACUCUUUUUGGGUUUUGUUCAUAAAUUUAACCUUGAUUUGUAAACAUUUGUUUUGCUUUUGUUUAAAGUGGAUUUGCUUAAUUUGUGUUUAUUUCCACUUUACAUUUUUCUGACUUUUCUUUUGCCCUGAAAAAUUAAAAAAAAGAUAGAAUACAUUAAAAGUCGAUGGAAGAUUUUGCAAAUGUGUGAUAUUUACAGUGAAUCACAAUGUUACUUAUCUGUACGACAGCAGCUGUGUGUAAAUAACCCAGUAAAUUGUGUACCCAUUCUCAGUAUUUUCUUUCUUUUUGAUGCUUAAAAAAAUAAUAAAUACUCUUUACA